CAUUGUGGGAAAUGUAGUUUGAAGACUCCGCCCUCCUCGCCAUUCCUGUAAUGGCUGCUUCCUGGAAGGCGUUCUCCCGUGCAACCUCUUAGCCCCAGCCUCCGGAGCCUCAGGAAGGCAAUACUUCAAGUUAAAUAAAUACAUAUACCGUUUCUUUGAACCCUUCAGCCUUCAAGAUCCCAACAUCAUGACCUCAGUUUCAACACAGUUGCUCUUAGUCCUAAUUUCACUGCUUUUGGUAUUGCCUGUUGUUGAAGCAGUAGAAGCUGGAGAUGCAAUCGCACUCUUGUUAGGAGUGGUUCUCAGCAUAACAGGCAUUUGUGCUUGCUUGGGGGUGUAUGCACGAAAGAGAAAUGGACAGAUGUGACUUUGAAGGGCCUCCUGAUUCAAACCUCACCCCGGAAAUCUUUGUGAUAUUGCAGUUAAGCCUGAGCUUUGGUGUCAGAAAGUUCCAAGAAACAGUAAAUAGAAUAGUUUCACAUUCUUAGUUGUUUCCCUUAAAAUGGGAACCAGACUGAUGUAUGUAAGAGUGGAAGAAACUUUUCUUUACAGCAAGUAAUGCACUGAAAAAAAAAAAAAAAUCCAGCCUAUAAUUUGUAUUUGCUGGUUGGAAAGGGGGUCAAAGAAGUAAUAUGGCAAAAAUUUGCAUAAAUGGUAUGUCAUUGCACAUGAAGCAGGAAGAAGGAAGCUCUUGACCAGAAUCCUAGGAAGUUGCCAUUGUUUAGUUAUAAUCACUGCCUCCUAAUAACUGAGGAGUCUUUUCUCCAUAUCUUUAUUAGAUUUGUGUUUUAUUUCCCAAGUUAAUAUUGUACUGAGAUAUCAGAUAGCCAAAAAUUAACUUUUACCUCUGGGGAAAAAAAGUUUAGAAAAAAUUUUACUCAAUGUGUCUAAUGUUGAAAUGGAGAAAAGAUUUAAUGUUAAGAAAAACUUAAUAUCAAAAUGGAGAAGAGAUUUAAUGUAAAAAACACAUUGUUAAUUGAGUAACAUCUUUAUGUGAGAAAUACUGUGUUAAAUAUAAAUCCAUUAUAAGUUAA